UUUUAAAAAAAUAUUUUACUACGGUACAUCUCAUAUAUAUUUCAAGUAUACUUUGAUCUUACUAUUUUUUUUCUAAUGACCUUAUAAUAAUACGUUAUGUUAAAAACGUGAAAUUUUUCUUUUAGACACUGUCUGCUUAUAAUAUAGUAUGCCAGCACUUGAUAGUUCACUCACAAUGAACGGGCAAGAAAGUUUACAACAAAUGAACGAAACAAAUUUUAUUCCUUUAAUACUUCAAGCACAAGAUCUUGUAGCUAAAUUGGAAAAUAGGGUUGUUGAAUUGGAAAAUGAUUUGGAGGUUAUAAACGAAUCUCAUGAACAAGAACGUGACCAAUUGCUUCAAGAACUUGGUGAGAAAGAUGAGUAUGUUCAUAAUUUGAAAACAAAGAUUAGCAGACUCGAAUUUGGAGCUCGAGAGGCAAUAAUUGUAUUGGCAAGAACUGUAGAAACAUUUAGAGCUCAAAAUCUUGAUGACGAUGAUGAUAAUAGCAAAGAUGAUGAUGAUAAUGCUACUGCGGUUGAAUCGAACGAUUUAGAAGGACAAUUUUUAGAUAGUAUUAAAUUAUGCCUAAACUAUUUAAAAAACGCUCAAAAUAAUAAUAAAGUUACUUCUAAAGAAUAUAAAAAACAGCACUCAUUCGUCUCAAUGAGGCGUGAUUCAAAAAUUCAACCAUUUAACGACGAUUACGAAUCUGAUAGAAUAAAUGAUGAACAAAAUCCUGCAAACGAUAAUGAUAAUGAUAAUAAUGAUAAUAAUAAUAAUAAUUCUCAACAGAAACCAGACGAUGAUAAUAAUAUCUCAAGAAGAGAGUCUGUCUGCAGCGAAUUUUCUGUCAGUCUUGAUGAUGUUGAUUUAGAUGGAGAUGAAGACAUUGCAGAUUAUCCUGAUCCUCAUGACCCUGAAGAAAUUGAUGAUACUUACCAAACUUCAAUUAAUUAUGAUAAUAUUGAUGAUGAAGAAGAAUUGGAACAUCGUCGACGCGCAGACUUUGCAAUGUCUAACAAUAAAACGUUAAUUAAUAAUUAUGUACAUGAUGAACCAGAAGACAUUGACGAUCGAACAGAACGUGAAGAAGAAGAAACAGAUCAGGAAGAAGAGGAAUCAGAUGAUGAGCUUGACACGCAUAUUCAUGAUCAUCUUCCUCCACAGGGACCUGUUCCUGAUUUAUCUCAAACAGCAAAUCUUUGUCCAAAUUGUAAUACAUUACUUGCGCAAGUUGAUCAACAUAUUGAAGAACGUGCUUAUCUUAAACGAGAUCUUUCAGCUCUUGCUAUAUCUCUUUCGGAGGAACAAACUCUUCGUGCUCAACUUCAAGUUAGUAAGGAGAGUUUAGAACAAGAAAUCGAUGAUUGGAUAAAUGCAAUGUUUGAUAAAGUAAAUCAAAUGGUAUUUGAUGAAGCUAAUACCCAUGAAGAACUAGAAAUGUUAAAUAGAGAAUUUAAAGGUAAAUUAGAAGCCUCUAUCAAAUCUUCGGGAACUAGACAAGACCGCUUAAGAGAGUUGAAAUUAUUAUUGGUUCAUCUGGAUACAACAAAACAACGACAAACAGCGCCAACUCCAACUAGUGGAUUAAACAGAAAUUCUGUCAUAAGGAGGAGCUUAAUGUCAAAUUCCCCUGUAAACAGUCCUCGUUCUAGCAGAAUAUUUGGAAACUUUGGACAUAUGUCGCCUAGUAUUUUCUCUACUGCUUCUGUUGAUGAAUACAUGCAAAAGGGUAGACGCGUAUAUAUUGAUGGAGUUGUGUUUGAAGAAUUCCAAGAAUAUGUUAAAUCAUUUGUAACUUCUCCUGUUCCUACAAAUUCUACGCCUACUCAUGCAUUUAUGAAACGUUGUAUGGUUGAAGAUAUUCAACCUUGUCUUUUUGAAGGAAGCAGUGGCUGGAAAUCACCUUUCUACAAGAGACGCUUAUUAGAUGCCAUUAUGAAGAAUCAAUGCGAAAUUCAAACUAUAUAUUUCAAUUCUUCGAAUUCUACACCAAUGUCCAGUCAAAUUAGCAAUACGUCAAUUACACGGCAAAAUAGUUAUCAAGAACCUCCGCCAUCCCCAAAAGUUAAAUGUGGCCUUUGUGGUCAUUUAAGAAGUUGUGAUUUCCGUAUGAGACUUUCUGGACCUGAUGCAGUUGUACCACCAUCAGCUACAACAAUGUCAUCUUCACGAACAUCAAGAUUCUCUGUAACUGGAACCCCUGGAUGGAUUCCUCUUGAUCGAUUCUGUAGAGAUCGCGUUGUUGCUGUUUGCGAUUUCUAUACUUAUCUUUCACAUUUACGUCAGGGACUACUUGCUAAUUCAGCUGUUUGGACUAUGUAUAAACAAUGUCUUAAACAUCGUAGAAAGAUGGGAAUGGCACGUGUUGGUAGUUUGAGUAUGUUCGAAGAAGAGGAAGCUCUUAACAACGAACUAUUAAACAAUCCUGAAAUGGAAGGCAUGGUCGUUAUUGUUCAUUAAAAAGAAAAAAUAUAAUUUGCUGGACAAUAGAUCGACGGGGAGCCUAAUUCUUAAUGAUAGAGAUAUAAUUAUUUAUUCUCCGUUAUUUGUAUAAAAAUUUUUUACGCGUGUAACAACUUCUGGAAGUAUCUCGGCUUUAUAUUUUGUCCAAGAUUCAAGAAUUCGGGACAGAACAAUAGGUUGAGACGAUCUAGAUUCUUGCACUUUGGAUAAUCUAUAAAAAAAUUAGUGGGUGUCUUCUAUAUAAGUUGGGUUUAUAAAUCAGAUUCAAAAAAUUUUUUAAAAAAAAUAUAUAUAUAUAUAUAUUACCAAAUACAUAUAUAAACUUUUCUUGUUUAAAUUCUGACAAGA